AUGCAUGCGCUGGAACUGUUGGACCAGUACGGCGGGGCCAUGCGUUCACGCGCGCGCGAGGAGGAUGCCAUGAAGGACCCAGAGCGGCUAGCCGGGCUCCUGCACCGCCCGCCGGACCCGAACGGCGCCCACGCCGCCCCUCGAAGCCUCGCGAUGCACCUUGGCCGGAUGCUCCCGAGCCUGCUUCCUUCGCGCAAACGCGGCGGGCAGGCCCGCAGGCGCGCGGGGGACACCGCGGACCCAACGUCGCCCGACGCGACGUCGCACGACGCCGGGGCGGUCCCGCCGACGCUGCUCCGAGCCGCAGAUGCCGCGCUGCGCGCGGCGCGGGCCCACGCGAGAUGCACGGGCCACAGUCGCGCCGGAAACGCCCCACCUGUGGACCACGCAACCAUAGACGAUGCACUACGCGCGGUGGGCGAGGUCUUCGGAGCCGCGUACGGCUUCCAACACGCACUGCGCCCCGAUGCGGAGCAGCGAGAGCGCGGCAGCCCCGUCGCCGCGCUCGCCGACGAGGCGCGCCGGCGCCUGGGCAUUGCUGUGCGCAUGCACCCUGGGCUGCUGACGCUGUCCCGCUCGGACGUCGACGCGACGCUCGCGGAGCUCUGCGAGAUGCUGGGCAGCGCCGAGCCCGCCGCGGCCGGCCACCGCGACGAGGCCGCGCGAAUCGUGGCACAAGCGCCGGCGCUCCUCCUGGCCCCGCCCGGCGCGCUGUGGCGGCCGCUCGCGACGCUGCUCGUCGCCGAGGCCGGCCUCGACGAGGCCGACGCCUGCGCGGCGGCGCGGCGCGAUCCGCGCGUGCUCGUCCCGCGGCAGCGCAUCGUGAUGGCGCAGGCCUUCCGGGGAUUCAACGACGUCGGCUGCGGCCCCGCAACGCUCCGCGAGCUCGCGCGGACGGCGCCGGAGGUCCUCCGCCUCCAUCCCGACUCGCGAGAGAUGCGCGGGCGCCGCGCCCUCCUGUCGGACGUCCUGGCGCCCUUGCUGGGAGUCGCCUCGGCUGCCGACGUCCCGCCGGGCUGCUGGGCGCUGUCGCCGCUCCAUCUCGGGCCGCGCAUCGCGCUGCUGCGCGACGCUGGCGCGCUGCCGUGCGGCACUGGCCUCAGCGGCGGCGUCGCGGCGCUGCUGACGUUCCGCGGGAGGGACGCACAGUGGACGCGCGCGGCGGUGUCGUACGCGCGGGCGGACGCCGACGCCGGCGGGCAGUGGGGCGCGAAGCUCCUGGCGAUCCUCGGCUGCGAGGAUGUCGCGGGCGCGGAGGCCGCUGGGGAGGAUUGGCUCGUCGAUGCGUGCGAGAUUGUAGAGCAGAUGGCGCUGCGCUGGCUGCUGUCGGACGAGGCCGCCGCGACGUGCCCGACGGACCCAGCGGUCGAGCGGCAGCGGCGCAUGCGGGUCAUCGCCGCCGGGCGCGCCCGGGCGCGCGCACGGACGCAGCGGGCCAGUGCCGCAGCGGCGGAUGUGCACCUCGCCACCGAGGGCGCUGCGGCGGAGAGCGACGCCGGCGGCGACGCGCUGCUCACGCGCUGGGAAGAGGACUACGCCGGCGCGGACGUGCGCGUCGCGGCGGCGCCGGACGGGCCCGCAACGGACGCAGAAGUCCCCGAUGCUGACGGAGGCGCUGUGUCCGACGGGGGCGGGUCCGAGGCGCCGGACGUCGCGCUGCUGCGCGAGGCGAUGCUGGACGCGGACCUCGACGCGCGCUGGGCGGCGUCGGAGCCGAUGUUGCCGCCCGACGACGAGCUGGCGUACGUGGGCGCGGAGGGCAGCUGGCCGGCCGGGGAUCCGGCGGCGCUGACGAUGUGGGCGCACACGGCGGAGCGGUGGGCGUGGGCGAGCGACGCGUGGGACGCGGCGGGCGCGCACGACGCGGCCGGGGCGUACGGGCAUUCGCUUGGUAUCGAGCAGCCGCGCGCAUUCCGCUUUGUUGGGUCGCCGCUGCCGCCGUCGGAGCAGCGGCCGUCGUGA